AUACUUUCGUACGAGUGUCUUUACUGGGGUAUUUUCAUCUUUACAAUAGUAUUUAUUUUUCCCCAACCAUUAAACCAUUUUCUCAUAAAUUAUUCGAAUUUUUCUUUAUAAAAAAAAACAUACCAAACAAAUAAUUCAUUAAGACAUAUUUUUGGUGCAAUGUGAUUGAUUUAUGAUUUAUUAUCUUUUAAGGGUGCAAAGUGCUAAAAUGAUAUACUUUGAGGGCGUUAAGUGGUGAAAUGAUAUAUUUUAAGGGUGCAAAACUGAAUUAAACCGAAAAUUCCCAAACUGUGUUCUCCUCCGUUGAACUCCACAAUGCAGAAACUGAAAAAAGUGUCGCCAUUCAGACUCAACUCCCUCCUCCGCCUCCAAAAGGACCCGAAACUAGCCCUCCACCUCUUCCUCAACCCCGAAUCCGGUGCCCAGAAUCCGAACCCGAACCCGAACCCGGACCCGAAAGCCAAACCCUUCCGUUACUCUCUCCUCUCCUACGACCUCAUCAUCUCCAAGCUCGGCAGAGCCAAAAUGUUCUCCCAAAUGGAAACCAUCGUCGAUAAGUUGAAACACGACACCCGAAUCACCCCCGAGGAGAUAAUUUUCUGCAACAUUAUCACGUUCUACGGCCGAGCACGCUUGCCCCAGAAAGCACUCCAGGUGUUCGACGAAAUUCCCACUUUUCGAUGCCAUAGGACGAUCAGAUCGGUCAAUACGCUCUUGAACAUUCUUCUCCGGUGUCGGGAGUUUGACAAGAUGGUGGAAGUGAUUUCUGGGAUUGAGAAGUACGCGGCCCCUGAUGCUUGUACGUACAACAUUAUGAUCAACGCGUGCUGUGUGAUGUCUGAUCUGGAGAGAGCAUGGUACGUGUUUGAUGAAAUGCGCAGGAGAGGGGUUGAGCCUAACCCUGUGACAUUCGGGACUUUGAUCAAUGGGCUUUGCGUGAAUUCGGAGUUAGAGAUGGCUUUCGGUUUGAAGAAAAGGAUGGAGAUGGAUUUCAAGAUCAAGCCUAACGCGCGUAUCUAUGUGGCGUUAAUUAAAGGGCUUUGUAAAGGUGGUCACUUGAGUAAGGCGAUAAAGUUAAAGGACGAAAUGCUGAGAAAGAAGAUCGAAUUGGAUCCUGCAGUUUAUUCCACCUUGAUUAGUGCGUCUUUUAAGGCCGGUCGAAAGGGGGAAGCUUCUGGGUUUCUAGAGGAAAUGAGAAGAAACGGGUGUAAGCCGGAUACAGUAACGUACAAUGCGAUGAUUCACGGUUUUUGUCAGGAGAACGAAUUCGAUUCAGCUUUCGCGGCUCUGAGCGAGAUGGAGAAAGAGGGGCUAAAACCGGAUGUGAUUAGUUACAACGUGAUUAUUGGUGCGCUGUGCAGGGAGAGAAAAGUGGAAGAAGCUAACGAUUUAUUACAAGAUAUGCCACGACGAAAAUGCGCCCCCGAUGCGGUGACGUACAGGACAAUGCUCGAAGGUUUUUGCGAUUUGAAGCAGUUCAAGGAAGCAGCGAGUGUUUUAGACGAGAUGAUUUUUAAGGGAUAUGCUCGUCAUUCGUCUAGCAUAAGCAAAUAUAUCGAUGAUUUGUUGGAAGGGAAGAAUGAAGAAGUAUGGGGGUGUUUGUUUAGUUUGGUGAAAAGAAAUCCAACCGAUAGAUGUAUAUGGAGACUGUUAACUUCUUUGGUCUGCAAGAACAACCGUUCCGAUUCUUACGAGCUUUUUGAUCGGCUAAUAAACGGUGAUUCUCUCUCGGUCGGUUAGAUAUGCUGGAUGAUUGCACUUGAGUGAAUCAACUUGAGUUUCAUGGUCAUAUACAGUCGUAAUAGAGAACCUUAAUUCUGGACUAAAAUCAUUCUCCCAAUAGUAUCCUUGGACGACGACAGAUUGACAGGUCUCGUGAUGCAUGAAUGAAUUGUCUGCUACUUUACGAAAUUAUCGGUGUUAGUCUCGUGGAAAGUCAAUCGAUUUUGUUAUCUUUAGAGCUUUUUCAUCUUUAAUAACAGCUGGUGCUAUAUUGUUUUCUUCUUAUUUACCACAAUUAUUGA